AGUUGGAAACUGAAGGUGGAAGCCAAUUGACGGCGUCGAACGGAUAAAAAUGCCGAUCGCCUCCUUGCAUCGGAGAGCUCCACUGGUGCUCUGAAAUCCUCUGCUCGCAGUUAUGCUAGGGUCUCUGGUGGUGUCUUGAACCGGAGGAGGAUAUCCCCCCGUGGAAUCCGUCGAUUCCGUUUGGGAUUAAUUUGUGGAGUCCUCCUUUUCGAGCCGACUGGAAUUUGGCUGACUCGAGUUUCUCUUUAUUCUGGAUUUCUGGUUGGCUGCUGAUUGAAGUUGCAUAACAGUACUUUGCUGUUGGUGAAGAUGAGAGCAUUAGCUUGUUCUCUUCGACAAGUUCGGUGUUUAUCUCGGCUUCAUGGGCGAGCGCUUUCGUUGAAUGGUUUGGGAAAAAAUGAGAAAGUUUUAAUUUUGUGCAAUCCGGUGGCAAAUUCUUUGAUCAAUCCUUCUCGCAAGAAAGAAAUCAGCAGAUAUCUGAACCGGACUUUGGUCCUCUGGAGGGCUCUGUCCACUCCUGCGGCAAAUGAAGCAACCAGAGAUGUUGGAAGAGCUGGUCCUUUGCUUGAGUAUGAAAGGAGAAUUGCAUCGGGGGAUCUAGUUGAUGGUGACAGUUGCCAGGUGGGCACCCUUAGAGUACUGCAAAGACUUUAUGAUCAGCUCAUUGAGCAUGAAGAUAGCUGCCGGUUGGAUAGAUACAAAGCAUCUGAGAAAAAUGGGAGGAGCAGGUGGUUAUGGUCGUGUCUAAUUCCCCAAUCUUCAUAUUCACCAGUCAAUGGACUCUACCUUCAUGGAGGAGUAGGCACUGGAAAGACAAUGCUUAUGGACUUGUUUUAUGAUCGAUUGCCAUGUAACUGGAGGAAGAAAAGAAUACACUUUCAUGAUUUUAUGUUGAGUGUACAUAGUCGAUUGCAGAUGCAUAAAGGGGUAGCAGAUCCGCUGGAAGUUGUUGCAGGAGAGAUAUCUGAUGAAUCAGUUCUAUUAUGUCUUGAUGAAUUCAUGGUGACUGAUGUUGCUGAUGCUUUGAUACUGAAUCGUCUUUUUCGACAUUUGUUCAGCAAAGGCAUUGUUCUUGUCGCCACUUCAAAUCGUGCUCCUGAUCAGCUUUAUGAAGGUGGUUUACAGAGGGAUCUAUUCUUGCCCUUCAUCGAAACCUUGAAGGAAAGGUGUGUGGUGCAUGAGAUUGGCUCUUCAAUAGACUAUAGAAAAUUGGGUUCGGCUGAGCAGGGCUUUUACUUUGUUGGAAAGGAGUACUCUGAACUUCUUAAACAGAAGUUCUAUCAGUUGAUUGGACAAGAAAUACCUGGUCCACAAGUUGUGGAAGUUGUUAUGGGAAGACAAUUGCAGGUCCUACUGGGAGCUAAUGGAUGUGCAUAUUUUCCUUUUGAAGAUCUUUGUGACAGACCUUUGGGUGCAGCUGACUACUUUGGAUUGUUUAAAAAAUUUCAUACUCUGGCAUUGGAAGGAGUGCCAAAGUUUGGUCUCCAUAACCGGACUGCAGCUUAUCGGUUUGUCACCUUAGUUGAUGUUAUGUAUGAGAACAGGGCCAGAUUGUUAUGUACAGCUGAGGCAUCACCAAUUGAAUUAUUUGAAAGAAUUGUGACUGUGGAUGAUGCCAAAAAGACGUCUCCUAGAUCUUCUUUGAAGUCAAAGAAAAGGGAUGAUCUUGAUCUUUGCGUGGACAAUGAGCUGGGAUUUGCAAAGGACCGCACAAUUAGCAGAUUAACAGAGAUGAACAGCAAGGAGUAUUUGGAACAGCAUGAUGCCAACUUGCAGGAGAAGUCCCCUGAGGAUGAAGAUGAGAAGGGCGAUGCCUUACAAGCAUCAUAAUUUGUUUUUAACUUAUUAUUUAUAAUGUUCCAUAAUACGAGCCCAUGCUUGUCAAUUCAGGAGAAUGUUCAUUUAAUAAUGCACCAUUAGCUUCAGGUU